AUAUACACCACCCACCACACUCACUCUCCAAAUUUAAUCUACAGUAGCAGUAGCAUUGCUGAUUUAGCGGUAGGUCCACCGCCGCCCCACUCCGGUCCCCGCCGAUUUUUACCGCUUUCACUUAUCGAAAGAGUUGUUGAAACGGAGCUCGGUUUUUAAUUUUCUUUUUACCUAAAAUGGAGCCUCAACAACAAGAAGAACAAGAACACGUACCGAAAAAGAGAGGCCGAAAACCGAAGCCUAAAGAAGACAAAGAUCAACACCACCCGCCGGAGAAGAGUUCCGGUGGCAAAAUGAAGGAAGGAAAAAAAUCACAGCAGCAGCAACAUUCUGUUGAUGAAAAAUACGGUCAGUGGAAAUCUUUAGUUCCUGUUCUGUACGACUGGCUCGCUAAUCAUAAUCUCGUUUGGCCGUCUCUCUCUUGCCGGUGGGGUCCGCAUCUCGAGCAAUUUACUUACAAGAAUCGGCAACGGCUCUACCUCUCCGAGCAGACUGAUGGUAGUGUACCGAAUACUUUGGUAAUUGCGAAUUGUGAAGUUGUGAAGACUAGAGUUGCUGCUGCAGAGCACAUUGCUCAGUUUAAUGAAGAAGCACGCUCUCCGUUUGUUAAGAAGUACAAGACCAUCAUACAUCCUGGAGAGGUGAAUAGGAUCAGGGAACUCCCUCAGAAUAGUAGGAUAGUGGCUACCCAUACUGACAGCCCUGAUGUUCUCAUAUGGGAUGUUGAAGCACAGCCUAAUCGCCAUGCUGUUCUCGGAGCUACAAAUUCUCGUCCAGAUUUGAUUUUAACAGGACACCAGGAUAAUGCAGAGUUUGCUCUUGCAAUGUGCCCAACUGAACCCUUUGUGCUUUCUGGAGGAAAAGACAAGUCAGUGGUUUUGUGGAGUAUCCAGGACCAUAUAACAGCAUCAGCCACUGAUCCAGCAACAGCUAAAGUCCAAGGAUCUGGUGGAUCAAUCAUUAAAAGAGCUGGGGAUGACAAAUCUUCUGAUAGCCCUUCAGUAGGGCCCCGGGGUAUUUAUCAGGGGCAUGAGGACACAGUUGAAGAUGUGGCAUUCUGCCCAUCCAGUGCGCAGGAGUUUUGCAGCGUUGGAGAUGAUUCUUGCCUUAUAUUAUGGGAUGCUCGCAGUGGCUCUAACCCAUCAAUCAAGGUUGAAAAAGCGCACAAUGCUGAUCUUCACUGUGUUGAUUGGAAUCCUCAUGAUGAUAACCUUAUCCUAACCGGAUCAGCAGAUAAUUCUAUUCGCAUGUUUGAUCGACGAAAUCUCACUUCUAAUGGGGUUGGGACUCCGGUCUAUAAAUUUGAAGGCCAUAAAGCUGCUGUUCUUUGUGUUCAGUGGUCCCCAGACAAGUCAUCUGUGUUUGGAAGUUCUGCAGAAGACGGUCUCUUAAACAUUUGGGAUUAUGAGAAGAUUGGUAAGAAGUCAGAGCGCCCAACUAAAGUCCCAAGUUCACCUCCGGGAUUGUUUUUCCAGCAUGCUGGGCACAGGGAUAAAGUUGUCGACUUCCAUUGGAACGCGUCUGAUCCUUGGACCAUUGUUAGCGUGUCAGAUGAUUGUGAUACCACUGGAGGAGGAGGAACAUUGCAGAUAUGGCGCAUGAGUGAUUUAAUAUAUAGGCCAGAAGAUGAGGUGUUGGAGGAGCUUGAGAAGUUCAAGUCGCAUGUUAUUGCAUGUGCUUCAAAGACUUAAGGAGGGAGGCAGAACCGAUUUACUACUUAUUCGUCUGCAUGGAUUCAUCUAUUUUGUUGUUUAUUAGUUGUGAGGUUGAUAGAAAUUGGUGGGCGAAUGUCAAAUGUAGGUAUUUUAACUAUGAGAGUUAGCUUUCGAUAAAUUGUCUCAGGCAAGCAUUAGAAUGUGUUUUCUGGGUGAAUUUUCAUGCUAAUUAGAAGAUAUUCUUCUUCUCAAGGUCGUCGCGUUAUUGUUGUGACCCUAUACAGAGAGUUGAUUCUUAGGCUAUUCAAACUAUUGUCUUAUUUUAUUUGGGUGAGCAAACUUUUGAUUCAUUUGUUUUUUA